AUGGACCUGGAGAUAAAAAGAAAGAGAAGAAAGAGGGUUGUAUCGGGUCAGCCGAAGGUUAGGAGGGACGCUUUGAACAAGGACAAUGCCCAAGAGCUGGGGGAGCGAUUAAGGGCAUUGGGAGCCUGGAGGAGUAGCGGGGAUGCGAGUAGAGUGGAAGCUAAGAAAGCAGCGUAUCUAAAGCUAGUAGAGAGCACAGACGAGGAAGACAAGAGGACUAACAGGGAGCUAUAUAAGAAGGCGAGGAAGGAGGCGAAGUUAGCGGUUACGGCGGCUAAGACGGCUACUUUUGGGCGCUUGUAUGAAGAUUUGGGGGGAAAAGACGGGGACAAGAAGUUGUACAGGCUAGCCAAAGUGACGGAGAGGAAGGCUCGGGACCUGGAUCAAGUGAAGUGUAUCAAAGACGAGGGAGGGAAAGUAUUGGUGGAGGAUUCCCUUAUUAGACGAAGAUGGCAGUCCUACUUUCAUAAACUCCUAAACGAAGAGAGGGACCGGAACAUCGUUUUAGGCAAAUUGGAGCUCUCUGAGUGCUACCGCGAUUUUGGAUACUGCAGGCGGGUCAAGGUUGAAGAGGUCGAGGGGGUUAUGCGGAAGAUGAGCAGGGGGAGAAUGACCGGGCCAGAUGAAAUACCGGUAGAAUUUUGGAAGAAUGCGGGGGGAUAUCCAGAACUGCAACAACUAUAUGGGUAUCAAGCUGUUAAGCCAUACGAUGAAAGUUUGGGAGAGAGUGGUGGAAGCGAGGAUGAGGAAUAUAGGGAUAAAAAGACUGACUUGCACAUGGUGUUUGUUGACCUUAAGAAGGCUUACGACAAAGUCCCAAGAGAGGUGUUGUGGAGAUGUCUGGAAGCUAGAGGUGUUCCUGUAGUAUACAUUAGAGAGAUUAAGGACAUGUAUGAUGGAGCCAAGACCCGGGUGAGAACGGCUAGAGGUGACUCGGAACACUUUCCAGUCACGAUGGGCCUGCACCAGGGGUCCGCGCUUAGCCCGUUUCUGUUUGUUGUGGCAAUGGACGCUCUGACAAGCCACAUUCAAGGAGAGGUUCCGUGGUGCAUGUUGUUUGCAGAUGACAUUGUGCUUAUUGACGAGUCGCGGAGCGGUGUUAACGGGAGACUGGAGGUUUGGCGACAGACUCUGGAGUCGAAGGGUUUCAAGUUGAGCAGGACUAAGACAGAGUACUUAGAGUGCAAGUUCAGUGAUGAGGGUCAAGUAGAGGACGAGAACGUGCAGCUGGAUACUUAG